CGAGCUGCUCAUUUAAAGGUGAAAAACUUUGAAUAUCUUGGACGUAUUCGGAACAUACGUUCAGUUAUUAAAGAGCAAGUGCUGCAGUCAAAGCAAAUGGGUCGCCGAGAGAAUAAGUAUGUCAACUUUGAGGGUCGCGUACCUUUCGAUCUGCUUUUUGUGCUGUUGCGAGACUACAAGCUACGUUCGUAUACGCUAAAUGCUGUGAGCUAUCACUUCUUACAAGAGCAAAAAGAAGAUGUACAUCACAGCAUUAUCACAGAUUUACAAAAUGGAGAUGAGCAAACACGUCGGCGACUGGCUAUGUAUUGUCUAAAGGACGCCUACUUGCCUUUAAGACUGCUCGACAAACUAAUGUCCAUCGUAAACUUUAUGGAAAUGGCUAGGGUCACUGGAGUGCCUUUAGAAUCAUUACUCACACGUGGUCAGCAAAUAAAAGUAUUGAGUCAACUCUUACGCGCAGCGCGAACCAAAAACUUCAUAAUGCCUGCGUAUCAAUCAAAAGCGUCCGAGGAACAGUAUGAGGGUGCGACAGUUAUCGAACCAAAGCGAGGGUACUAUGCAGAUCCAAUAGCAACGCUCGAUUUUGCUUCACUAUAUCCUAGUAUUAUGAUUGCACAUAAUCUCUGCUAUACAACGUUGGUGCAGCCAGGCAUGAAGGAGCGUUUAGGGCUUACCGAUGAACAAGUUGAACGAACGCCAGCUAAUAACACGUUUGUGCGUGCCGAAGUGCGUCGUGGGCUUCUCCCAGAGAUUCUGGAAUCGUUGCUGGCGGCGCGUAAGCGUGCCAAAAAUGACUUAAAGGUAGAAAAAGAUCCUUUUCGACGUAAAGUGCUCGAUGGUCGGCAAUUGGCGUUGAAAAUAUCUGCUAAUUCUGUGUAUGGCUUUACUGGGGCACAAGUUGGUAAACUGCCCUGUCUUGAAAUAUCAGGCAGUGUUACGGCUUAUGGACGCACAAUGAUCGAGUUAACAAAAAAUGAAGUAGAGCAGCAUUAUAAAAUUGCCAACGGCUAUGAAAAUGAUGCCGUUGUAAUCUAUGGCGACACUGAUUCCGUGAUGGUUAAUUUUGGUGUCAAAGGUUUAGAACGCGCAAUGGAGCUUGGUCGUGAAGCUGCAGAUAAAGUAAGCGCAAAGUUUGUGCGGCCCAUUAAGUUGGAAUUCGAAAAGGUCUACUACCCAUAUUUGUUGAUCAAUAAAAAACGUUAUGCGGGAUUGUAUUUUACGCGUCCAGAGACUUAUGACAAAAUGGACUGCAAAGGCAUUGAAACCGUGCGUCGUGAUAACUCACCGCUCGUUGCGAAUCUCAUGAAUACUUGCCUGCAAAAGCUACUCAUCGAACGUGAUCCUGAUGGCGCUGUCGACUAUGCGAAACGUGUAAUAGCUGAUUUGCUUUGCAAUCGUGUGGACAUUUCCCAGCUGGUGAUUACUAAAGAGCUGGCAAAAACAGAUUAUACUGCCAAGCAAGCGCAUGUGGAGCUAGCAAACAAAAUGAAGAAACGUGAUCCUGGCACUGCACCUAAGUUGGGUGACCGUGUGCCUUAUGUCAUUUGUGCGGCAGCAAAAAAUACACCCGCCUACAUGAAGGCUGAAGAUCCAUUGUAUGUGCUGGAGAAUUGUGUGCCUAUCGAUGCGAACUACUACCUAGAGAAUCAGCUAUCGAAACCAUUGUUGCGCAUAUUCGAGCCACUGCUAGGCGAUCGCGCCGAAUCAAUUUUACUGAAGGGUGAGCACACACGCACGCGUGCGGUGGUCACGUCAAAAGUUGGUGGUCUCGCCGGUUUCAUGACAAAGAAAUCCUCGUGUCUUGGUUGUCGUGCGCUUAUGCCUGCUGGCUACGAAAAAGCGGCGCUAUGUCCGCAUUGUGAGCCACGCAUGAGCGAACUUUACCAGCGCGAAAUACUAGCAAAGCGCUCUCUUGAAGAGACGUUUUCUAGUUUAUGGACCGAGUGCCAGCGUUGCCAAGGCUCCUUGCAUGAGGAAGUGUUAUGUUCGAAUCGUGAUUGUCCGAUUUUCUAUAUGCGUCAAAAGAUACGCAUGGACCUGGAUACGCAGGAGAAACGUGUGCAGCGUUUCGGGCCCCCGGAUUGGUGAACUGUUUAUUUUUGUAUUGUGCAUGUUUAGCGUUUAACUGCUGCUAGAGAAUGAUAUUAUUUUGCUUUUUUACUAAAUGGAUAUCUGAUAUUCAGCUUGCUUGGGAAGAAUAAAUUUAAUCGUUAAAAAAUUUUCAAAAAUCGUAGGGAUAUUCUAUUGUAGGCGGAACCGUUGAUGGAAGGAGAUGCAGACAGAACCAUGAUAAAAAUUACUGGUUUAAACAUGGCAAGUUCGCAGAAACAUUAGAAAUCUACUUUAGUCUUUUCGAUAUAGAACCUGGUAAAUAUUUAUCAAUAUGUACAUACAUAUACUAGCAGCAAUCCUGAAAUGCGGAAUUUGUACGCUGUUACAACAACAACUAUAACUUAGGAACGACUCGCAAAGUCAAUAAGUUUAUCUAUGUGAAAAGCGUUGCUAAGAAAACUGAUAAGAUUUAAUGUACCGUAGUAAUUAUACAAUCGCACAUGAAGCUAGGGCCGAUGUGAUUUGUAAAAAAUUACGUCAGCCACCUUUCCUCUGUAGUACAUGUUGAAGUUUGAGAUUUUUUUUGUAGAAUAUUAAAAAUUUUAAUUUUUCAUCUUUUCUUUAUUAAU